AUGAUGACCCUGUUGAUGAAAUUGGAUACGCUAACUGAACCUCAAACACAAUUCUACGUAGCAGAGACGGUUCUUGCUAUCGACUCGAUUCACAAAAUGGGCUUUAUUCAUCGAGACAUCAAGCCUGACAACCUCCUUCUCGAUUCCAAGCCCCUAAAAAUAGAUGUGAAGAUUCUCCUCGCCUCUUAUUCCACUCUCAAUGCUCCCUCUUCGAUUUGUCUUUUCCAGGGCCACUUGAAGUUAAGUGACUUCGGGCUAUGCACAGGUUUGAAGAAGGCGCAUCGAACAGAGUUCUACAAGGACCUCUCACAGGCCCUCCCCAGCGAUUUUGCCUACAACCUCCUGGACUCACGACGACGAGCUGAGAGCUGGAAAAAGAAUCGACGGUAUUUGGCCUACUCUACGGUGGGGACGCCAGAUUACAUCGCACCAGAGGUCUUCCACCAUCAGAAGGGUUACGAAUGCUCUUGCGACUGGUGGUCCCUGGGUGUCAUCAUGUACGAGAUGCUUAUUGGUGAGUCCACUCUUCUAGGUCACAACACGCAUUCGGUUCUGAAUAACUUUCCUUUUUUCUCUCUCCACCCUCCGUUUUGCGCCUUUAUGUGUUUAUGUCUGCCCAAAUUUACGCAAAAUGUCAAACCUAUGUCGUGUCAUCGUUUUCUCUCCUUCGUUCCCUAA